CUCUCAAGAAAAAUAAAAUUUCAUGGCUUCUGCUUGUGUUCUAAUUUCUAUUUUUUUCAUUUAAACAAUUUUUAUGUGAUCGUUUGCUCGUUAUUUUUAACAAAAUAUUAUGACAUUCAAUCAAAAACGUGACACAUAGAAAAUCAUUUUCAUAAACAAUUUCAUCUAGGAUUGUUUAUACUUUUUUUAACACAAGUUUUCUAAGGAGAUUUUUUUACAAUAUUUUCCUAAUUUUUACAAGAGUGCAGAGUGUGUGUGUCAACAUAGACUGGAGAAGAUUUCAUCAUUUUUUUUUCUAAAAAAAAAGUGUACUUCGUGUUACGUCAUUUUUAUAUAUGUUGAAUAUUCGAAAGUAAGACGUGGGUAGUAAUGCCCAGAAGAAGCUAUUGAAAUGUCCAAAAUCAAGGAGUUAAAGUUUUAUAAAACAUUGUACGAUAAGUCACGUGUUUUUCAUUUAAAAAGUGGCAGUUCUUUGAUUUAUCAAUUAAACAAUGUCAUCAGUGGAGACACCGCCAUUUAUUCGCACCAUCGAAUGGGAUAUGAUGGACAAAACAAAAUUUUUCCCACUGAGCAUGCUCUCGUCAUUUUCAGUCCGUUGUUGCCUCUAUCCCUUAACUGUGAUCAAAACACGACUUCAAAUUCAAAGACGAAAUCACAUGUACACUGGCAUGAUAGACGCUUAUCGAAAAAUUUACACAUACGAAGGCAUGGCAGGUCUCUAUCGAGGAUUUUGGAUAAGCUCGAUACAAAUAGUCUCAGGUGUUUUUUACGCAACAACUUACGAAGGUGUGCGGCAUCUUCUCAGUCAGAAUUCAGUUACAUCCUCCCUGGACUCAAGGGUCAAGGCGUUAAUUGGAGGUGGUGCCGCGAGUCUAGUGGGACAUAGUAUAGUUAUACCCUUUGAUGUUCUUAGUCAACAUUUAAUGGUACUUGGCGUAAACGUUAAACACGGAAAAUUGGUUGUUGACAAAAUGAGUAUGAAUCCAUUGGGUUUGAAUUUGCAGCCGGGAAUGUCCCGAGCGCAAAUUACAUCAGAAAUAGUGAAAUUAAUAUAUCAACGUGACGGUUUACGAGGAUUUUAUAGAGGAUACAUCGCAUCCCUUUGCGCUUACGUUCCUAAUAGUGCAUUAUGGUGGGGCUUAUACACAACUUAUCAAGAGGAAUUAAUAAGGAUUUUACCGUCGUGGGUGAGUCAUUUGUUUAUUCAGUCGGUUGCUGGCACUCUAGGGGGUUUUACAACAACAAUUAUCACAAAUCCUUUGGACAUUGUGCGAGCAAGAUUACAAGUUCAACGACUUGACAAUAUGUAUAAUGCAUUGAAAGUACUUUGGGUUGAGGAACGACUAAAAAUGUUUACAAAAGGUCUUUCAGCGAGACUCGUGCAAUCCGCUUGUUUCAGUUGUUCAAUAAUAUUAGGCUACGAGACCAUAAAGCGUUUCAGUGUUAACGAGGAAUACAAAAGUUACAUUCGUUGGUAAAAAGAAAAAGAAAACUACAAAAAAAAAAUACACGAAAAUUUCAUCAUCGAACUUA